UACCUAACAUUAAAGAGGAUCUAGCCUAUUAUCUCACCAGCCCAUGGUUGACCAAGUUUAUUCCUUCGGUAUAUACCCUUGUGUUCGUUUUGGCAUUGCCCCUGAAUGUGAUGGCAAUUAUUAUCUUCUUGUCCAAGAUGAAAGUCAGAAAUCCAGCAGUGGUUUACAUGCUGAACCUGGCAGUCGCUGAUGUUUGCUUUGUGACUGUUCUACCUUUCCUUAUAGUUUAUCGCUUUUUGGGAAAUAACUGGAGGUUUGGAGCUGGGAUGUGCCGCUUUGUUGCAGCUGCCUCUUACUGCAACAUGUACUGCUCCAUUCUUCUUGUGACAAGUAUCAGCGUGGACAGGUUUCUUGGUGUGGUCUUCCCAAUGCACUCUCUUUCCUGGCGCACUGUAGGCCGUUCCUGGAUAGUCUGCAUUCUCAUUUGGACAACAUCGAUAGUGGGCACUGUACCUCUCCUCAUAACCGAGCAAACUAAAUAUAUUGCUGGACUGGGCAUCACCACCUGCCACGAUGUGCUAGACUUGAAAGACCAACAGACAUUUUACGUAUACUAUUUUUCUUCCUAUUGUUUGCUUUUCUUUUUCUUGCCUUUAAUCAUCACAACCACUUCUUAUUUCAGGAUUAUACACAGCCUUAGCUCCUCCAACAUUGGUAACAAAAUCAAGAAAACACAUGCUUUGCUUCUGGCUGUGUUUGUGUUCAGUGUGUUUAUAUUAUGUUUUGGGCCAAGCAAUGUCAUAUUUUUAACUCAUUACAUGAAGUUUUUAAGCGCAUUCAACGAGUCUUUGUAUUUUGCUUACCUGAUCUGUGCCUGUCUUAGCAGCAUUAGCUGUUGUCUUGAUCCUCUGAUUUAUUACUAUGCAUCCCCGCAAUGUCAGAGGUAUGUAUACAGUUUAUUCUGCAAUAAAAAGGUUUCCAAGUAAACAUAUUGCCAAUUUAGUA